AUGCCAAAUACAGAUACUGGCAGGCUACCUAUCCACAUCUGCUAUGUACUACUCGACAGAAAGGCCGACAAUCCACUCAUAACUCAUUCCAGGAUCUGUCCCCAUCCAAUACACAAAGCGACAAGUCCAACGGGAAAGAGGCCAAUUUUCUAUUUUCACAUUAAAGCGACGAUGUUCAGUCCUUCUGGAAGUUUCGCUACUGCUCACAACUUAUCGCUUCCAUUUACCAUCGCUACCCGCAGGAAUCAGGACUGUCAAGUGCAGCGAAUGAUGUCAUCCUAUACGGCCACAAUCUUCUGGUUGUAUGGUUGCAAUCACCAGGAAGGACUGCUUUUGCAAUGGGUCGACACAGGAAUGCACUGGGAGCAGUUCAAGCAUCUGUACAAGCAGCAUUUCAAGGUGAACGCCGGUGUACAGAGAGGUUUGAUUGACGGCGAUUUCGAGCUGCUCAAGUACAAGCUCCAAUGUCCGGACUGUCAGUGCACUGAGGACGGCGCCACCGUGAACGGAGUUCAGCAAAUCGUCACGUUCAAAAACGUGCUUUGUCCUCAUUUGCGAUACGAGUGUGGAAGCACGAAUGUUCGAUUUUCGGUGUGGCGAGGAAUGCUUGAGCUGCUGCAGAUCUUCCAUGACACUCGGAACAAUGUGCGAAAACUAUGGGAAAUGGGUUUACUGCUUGGAUUCCUUGAAUUUGACGAAGGUGACAAACUUCUGGAACAACACAAAUCGGCCUUAAUAAUGCGACUUUCAUUUGUGACUGGAGGAACAAUUUGUUUCACCGUCAAAUCAACGGCGCAUACGUUGGAUCACCGAGCAACUCGUCCGAUUCACCUCGAGCCGCUCGAUUUGAAGAAGUUGCAAACGAAAUGCCUAAAAGACUAUUUGAGGGACAUUGCUGAUGCUGAAAAGGUGAAAUACAUAUUGAAUGCAUCGCAUCAAGUAGUUCGAAUCACCGAGGUACUAGCGCAAUUGGGUGAAGGGGAAGUAGGCAGUGGAGCGGAAGGAAGUCGUGACAUCUCCAGCAACGUCACCCAUAGCGGGGACAUUGCCGCUAUGCAGCAUAUAAGGUUUACGGCAAUGCGAAUCGCUGUGGUCACAUGCAAAGUGAAGCCACCGUCGGCAGACCAGCUCGAAGUGGACGUAGAGAGGUAA